AUGCAUGCAGAGCUCAGGCGACAGCGGCGGCAGCAGCAGCGGCUUGCGGUGUAUAGGCAGCGUUAUCCUCAUUUAGUUUAUUCAGAUACAGAAGCAACAACAACAACUCCUCUUUGCUGCUGCUCAGCAGCAGCAGCAGCUCCAGCAGCAGCAGCAGCAGGAGCAGCAGCAGCAGCUGAUGCGGCAGCAGCAGCAGCAGCAGAAACAGCAGAAACUGCUUGCUGGGGUUGGGGGGUGGUGGGGGCCCCCCCGGGGGGCCCCCCGUACCCUCUACACUUUCAUCUGUGGGCGCUGCACCUGAAGAAACGGUAUCAGCAGCAGCAGCAGAAAGCUGCUGUUGCUGCUGCUGCUGCUGCUGCUGCUGCUGCACGCAAACGUAACUCGCAUUGGGCUUCUCCUGCUGGCAGCAGAGCGCCGCUGCUGCUGCAGCAGCAGCAGCAGCGAACCAAGUGGCGAUCCCACCAAGCAGCAGCAGCAGCACCACCACCACCAUCAGACGUACCCUCUACACUUUCAUCUGUGGGCGCUGCACCUGAAGAAACGGUAUCAGCAGCAGCAGCAGAAACCCAUGAAGAGCUUGAGUGGGGGCCCAGCACAGCAAAGAGGCCGCUUCCUUGCGGUGGCAGCUCAGAGGGGGAGGACCUUCUCUUCUCUACUUCUGCUGCUGCUGCUGCUGCUCCUGCUGCUCCUGCUGCUGCUGCUGCUGCUGCUGCUGCUGCUGCUGGUGCUGCUGCUGCGGCUGCUGCAGGGGAUGCAGCUGCUGCUGCAGCUGGAGAAAGUAGUGCAGCAGACGCGUCCAUGCACGGAAGCAGCAGCUGCAUGCACCCCGUACCCUCUACACUUUCAUCUGUGGGCGCUGCACCUGAAGAAACGGUAUCAGCAGCAGCAGGCAACAGCAACAGCAGCAGCAGCAACAACAGCAGCAGCAACAGCAGCAGCAGCAGCAGCAGCAGCAGCAUGAGAGAUACAGUGGGUGUGUGGCGUGUCUCUGAGUGUUUUGAGGCCUCCUUGGCUGAGCGCCGACCAGCAGCAGCAGCAGCAGCAGCAACACCAGCAGCAGCAGCAGCAGGAGACAGGUGGCACGGCGGAUUAGAGGACGAUAGGGAGCAGCAGCAGCAGCAGCAGCAGCAGCAGCAGUCUGACAGCCGUAACUCUUCUGCUGAUCCCGCUGCUGCUGCUGGUGCUGCUGCUGCACAGCAGCCACAACCACACGCAGCCCCGCAACAGCAGCAACAGCAACAGCAGCAGCAGCAGCAGCAGCAGCAGCAGCAGCAGGAGAAGCAGGCGUAG